CUCCGCGGGUACGGAUACUUGACUCGAACCUAGCCAACCAUUGCCACACAAUUCUCAUCACCAACCUUGUGACGACUGGAUUAUACCCUGGACACUGGCUCCGCUUCGUCUAAACCACCCCCAAGCACAGUCUCCAGCAUGGUAUAUCCGCGUGCCGACAUAUCCAGCGUUUCCCGGGUUAAUAGGCCCUGCAAAGGUUCCGUCACACCAUGUUGGGAACCUCCACAUUGGUAACUGGGCCUAUUCUCCACGCCCAUCCUUGAUCCUCGGCCCUUUGGUGAUGUUCUUGCUCAAGGGCUGUUAGUGUCGUGGGUCGUUGAGCUCGGAAGAUGGGACACGUUCCAAUGAGCUUGACUAUCACAUUGGACUAUCAGUUCUCAGCCUGUUGCUGAUCCUACCAAUGUGACCUUUUGGAACUUGCCGUUCCCACACUCCAAGAGACCGAUGGAGUCGGAUGUCCGUUCGUUCGUCAUCUCAAAGUUGAGUUUGGGGUAGAUCUCGUACCCAAGUACGAACGAUGGGGAUAUAAAGUUAUGUCCGGGACCCUAUGUGCGUUGGCCAGAUCUUUCUCCAGAACUCUACCCCGAAUCUCUCUAUAUAAGCUUGUUUCUCUCGUGUUGAGUCGACCAGCUUAUCACUACUUAUUUCUCAUAAAUCUUAGUGCAAUACUCAGACGAGAUGUCUUCGGGCACUCCUCCCUCCCAUGGGGCAACUACCCCUACGCAGUACACCGAUAAGGAGGAAGGCCACUAUCAUUGCAAUCAUCCCAAUCAUUACUAUGAAGAACGAAAUAGGAACGUUCAGAAGCCCCACCAGUCCAUGGUGUCGCAGGUGUACAACCCUUCGUUCUUCAAGGUUGCCAAUCCUGGUCCUUUGGGUUUGAUCAGUUUCGCUUUGACUACCUUUGUCCUCGGCCUCUACCAGUGCGGUGCUGGUCUCCCUGGAUCAAACCCCUUCGGCGGCGUCGGUCCUGACCAAGCCAUCUUUGGUCUGGCUGUCUUCUUCGGUGGCAUUGCUCAACUUUUUGCCGGCCUUAUGGAGUUCCGCGUCGGUAAUACCUUUGGUACUACCGUCCAUUGUUCCUACGGUGCCUUCUGGCUUGCUUUUGCCAUGUUCUUCGUUCCUGAUCUGGGUAUCAAGGACGCAUACAAGGGCGAUGACCGCGCUUACAGCUUUGCAUUGGGCAUCUUCCUGAUUCUGUGGUGCUUUCUCACUCUUAUAUUUUUUGUGGCCGCUCUCAAGACGAACAUUGCCAUCCUCAUUGUUCUCGGUUUCUUGUUCCUCGCUUUCCUCUUCCUCAGCUUGGCUCAGUUUCUGCAGACCACUCACCCUACUGCUGCUAUUCGAAUCAACAAGACUGGAGGCGCAUUCUCAUGCAUCUGUGCCUUCGCAGCUUUCUAUGCAGGUGCGGCUGGUAUUAUGACUGAGGAUACGACAUGGGUUCGCUUCCCUCUUGGCGAAAUCGAUGUCCAGCCCAAGAAGACAAACAUUGCUUAAGCACAUGUGCUUCUAAUGUUAGGGUGGAAAGCAAAUGGCGGUAGGCUGCAACGUUGUUUCAUAAUGCAUCGUGGAAUAAGAAUGAAUAAGUAUGUUUAAUACCCGAACAAUAUGAGGAUAAUAUGGAGAUGAAUAAGACAUGAUAUCAGAAAAGACAACAUUCUAAAAUUGAUGACGUCAGGUUUCACUUGCCUGAGACAAGUGUCACAUACAGACAGCAGGUCUUUGUUUCCAGUUGUGGUAUGAUCACAUAGUAAAAAGCCAACCUGACUUGGUCAUAGUUGUGAUGAGUUUAGCAGAAGAUGAAUGUGUUGAUUGAUUUCUUAAUGCAUAAAAUUGGCUCCCCUAGUCGUAUGAUGCAUGCCUUAUAAUCGUACAACAGACCAUCGUGGGGUCUGAACUUCAUUAUAUUCCAUUUCAAUCAUGACAAGUUUAAGCUUUUCUUACAACUUGCCCUUGACCUCUUCGGCCGCACCCUUCACCUUGCCCUUGGCCUGCUCAGCAGCGCCCUUGGCUUCACCCUUGAGCUCCUGAGCCUUGCCAGCAGCCUCUCCUCGGAGCUCUUGGGCCUUUCCGGUGGCGCUGCCACCAGUCACAUCCUGGGCAACAUCCUUGGCCUUCGCGGCAACGUUUUCUGAACAUCCUUAUUAGCAAUUGAACAUCUUGAGCCAGUUGAUAAUUGAAAACUAACCGCCAGCCUCAAUGCCGUCGACAAUCUUGUCGCUCACAACACGAUCAACCUUCUUGGCAGUGUCCUUGACAGCAUCUGUGGCAGUUCGCUGCAAAGCAAAGCUCGUGGUGAAUGUUCGAGGAGCCUGGAAGGCGAUGACGCGAGGUGCGAGGGCUACACGGCGGAUGACGUUCUCUGUGAGGAAAGACAUGAUGGUGGUUGCUGGUGUUUUGUUGUGGUAGAGUUUGGUUAGGAUCUUUUAUGUUGCGAGGUAAAGAAAAAGUCAAUUGAUGAAAUUGAAAAGAAUAGAGAGAGCUUUUCAAAAGGAGAAAGAGAGGCAAGGGAAGCUCUUGUAACUUAUGUUAUGACGACGGGAGCUUGUCAUAGCUGUAUGAUGUCACUCGCGGGGAAAGAACUCCCUGUUGCGGCGCGACCAAACAAGCACGUGAGAAAAGGAGAGGUAAUGAUGACGCAGUGAGGCUUGAAAUAAACGGGGAGAAAGCGCUGAGCUCAGAACGAGCUUGUCCUCUUUUUACGUUUUGUGUUCAAUCUCAUCAUCGAAAGAUCCCGCGUCCGAUCGCUGAAGAAGGUUUGGGAGCUCUUGUGGGGAACGUGCGUUUACAUAAAAAAGGCUGAUGCUAGUGCAGUGGAAGGUACCAUUAGAUCUACGGCAAGUUUGUUAAUAAGAUCAAUGUAACAACUUUUAAACUCAGCUAAUAUAACUCACCUCGAAGUGUCAAAACACUCGUGACCUUGAAGCAGCAAGCGAAAACACCCAUUCAAAGAGCUACAAAACAGAUCAUAAAUUAUCCGAAGCUUGUCUGAGUACUUUAUCGCUUUUAGAACCGAAGGCUCAAGUUUCUGUCAUCUUUCCAGGCCUCACAGUUGUCCCUGACCGUAUUCAUUGGUUAAUAGAUUUGGCUUCAUAUCGCUUGAAGCUUAUUUGCUUUCAUAUCUAAAUCGGAUUCAAAUCUAGUACAUUAACUCAUAACAGAUUUUUCAAAUAUCAUCAGCCGUCGUUAUCAUGAAAAAAAAGAA